GCCACCCUCCGAGCCAGACAGACGGCAGGACAGACAGACAUCUGCCUCCCAGACCAUCGCGCAUUAUGGAGGCUCUGCACAUGCAACCCUUUGAAGAGAAAGUGCUGAUGCUGGAGGAUCAGGAACAGGAUGAAAGCAGUGGACAGAAAGAGGGAGGAAUGGAAGCCUCAGACGCAGAAUCAGACGACGACUCCGAACCAGAACCCCCACUUGUCGUUCAGAGGAAGGUGUCAUUCGCAGAUGCAUUUGGCCUCAACCUGGUGUCAGUAAAGGAGUUUGAUAAUGCUGACGUGACAGAGUCAGAGGUCAACCAGGACCUUGUGAGUGAGGCCACCCAUCCCUUGGAGGAGUUCUACAUUUCCUGCUUGUUUACAGUCCCCUCGUGCUCCGAGGAGCUGGACCAGAGGCUGCAAGCACAGAUGGUGGAGCUGGAAAGCAUCGAGCUUCUUCCGGGAACCUCCAUGCUGCGUGGAAACAUCAGGGUGGUUAAUCUCUGUUUUGAUAAGUCUGUGUAUGCCCGGAUGACCCUUGAUCGCUGGACGAGCUACUUUGACCUGUUGGCAGAGUACGUGCCUGGAUCCAGUGACAGGAAAACAGACAGGUUUACCUUUAAGUACACCUUGAUUCCUCCUUUUGAGAAAGAGGGCACCAGAGUGGAGUUCUGUCUGCGUUACCAAACUUCAGAGGGAACUUUUUGGGCUAAUAACAACCGAAUAAACUAUGUGCUGUUCUGCCACCAGAGGGGACAUGUACGGGAGCAGAGGCCUCCAGCGCAAGAGGAGAGUUGCAACUAUAGGAGCAAGAGGAGCUGUCUAAAAGCUAACUGGAGGGGAAGUACACAGGAAAAGGCCUUGGAGACCAGUUACACAUCAACAGUUAUUGCAGAGGGAGAGGCUGCACAUAAAGCACGGAAGGCGGCCUUAAAGACAAAAGACAGUGCAGAGAUAAAAUCAGAACUAUGCCAUGAAGAACACCAACCUUUGGUGAGGUUCAUUCAUCAUAUUUUAAUAAUGAAACACCUACAUCACACAAAAGUCAAAAACACAUGUCUUCAACUUAAGAUAUAA